UUUAGUAACUUAGUUAACUCCUCCAAAAUGGAAUUUGGGUCCAGUCCAAAGUUGCACUUAAGCACUAGUACAUCAUUUUGUUUGACUAAUCAUACACUUAUGACUCAUUAGAAGCAACCAUAAACUUCACUAAUUAUUUAUUAGUAAUAAAUACAAUAUCAUAUAGUAUUUUCCAAACAUAGAAUCCAGUUGUUGUAAUUAAACUACAACUACAACAGUAGUUCCCACUCACUCACUCACAGUCAAGACAGCAAAACACACUCACUGCUAUUGAUGGCACCACCACCAGGUCCCACCAUGCCAGCUGCCAUUGCCUCCUUCUUCUCCACCUUCUCUUCUUCUUCUCUCAUCCAUUCACACGCUUCUCUCUCUCUAUACUCAACUCUGUUACUGUUACUCUCUCUAUAACUAUAACUCUGUCAUAGCGCAAUGCACGAUCAUUCCACCGACACAAUGAACGACCAACUUUCAAACCAAACAUCAAUCUUCGGUCUCCGUUUAUGGGUUGUCUUAGGUGUCUCCGUCGGUGUCGUCAUCGUCCUCCUCCUCUUCCUCAUCUCCGUUUGGCUAGCAUUCAAACGUAACAACAACAACAACAAUAACAACCACAAUUCAAAAACCAUAAAACCUUCCAUCCCAGAUGACUCUAAAGAAAUUCAAGAAAUUAGACUUGACCUUGUUCCACCUCAACCCGACCCGUUUCUUGAACCCGACCCAUUAUCAUCAUCCGAACAACAACAUCAUCAACUACACCCAGAAGAAGAAAGUACUCCGUUAAGUUAUAAAAGAAUUCAGUUUGAGAUAGGUAAAAAUCAUAGGAUAUCUUAUCCUGAACAACGUGGUUCUGUUAUAAGGUCUUCUAAUUCUCGUGAACAUAGUGGAGAAUCUCGACCGUUGGAUCAAGUUUCUACGGUCAUUCCUCAAGUUUCUCAUCUCGGUUGGGGUCAUUGGUAUACUCUUAGAGAAUUGGAAGAUGCUACUAAUGCAUUUGCUCCUGAAAAUGUUAUUGGUGAAGGUGGUUAUGGAAUUGUUUAUCAUGGUAUUUUGAAGGAUAAUACUAAUAUUGCAAUUAAGAAUUUGCUUAAUAAUAGAGGACAAGCUGAAAGAGAAUUCAAGGUUGAAGUCGAAGCUAUCGGAAGAGUUCGACAUAAGAAUUUAGUAAGGUUGCUUGGUUAUUGUGCUGAAGGAGCUCAUAGAAUGCUAGUGUAUGAGUUUGUUGACAAUGGAAACUUGGAGCAAUGGUUACAUGGUGAUGUUGGGCCUAUUAGUCCACUAACAUGGGAAAUUCGAAUGAACAUUAUUCUCGGAACGGCUAAAGGUUUGACUUAUCUUCAUGAGGGGCUAGAACCAAAAGUUGUUCAUCGCGAUAUUAAAUCAAGCAACAUUUUACUUAAUAAGCAAUGGAAUUCAAAGGUUUCUGAUUUUGGCCUUGCAAAACUUCUUAGCCCUGAGAGCAGCUAUAUUACAACCCGAGUCAUGGGUACAUUCGGAUAUGUAGCUCCUGAAUAUGCAAGUACUGGAAUGUUGAACGAACGAAGUGAUGUAUAUAGUUUUGGAAUUCUUAUUAUGGAAGUGAUUACAGGCAGAAAUCCAGUUGAAUAUAGUCGACCUGCAGAAGAGGUGAAUUUAGUUGAGUGGCUCAAGAAGAUGGUUGGUAACAGAAAUCCAGAGGGAGUGUUGGAUCCAAAGCUUCCCGAGAAACCAACUUCGAGGGCACUAAAACGAGCUCUUCUUGUAGCCUUACGCUGCACCGACCCUAAUGCACAAAAGCGGCCUAAAAUGGGGCAUGUAAUACACAUGCUUGAAGCUGAAGAUUCACCUUACAAAGAGGAGCGCAGAAUUAGAAGGGAUGCAGGCGUAGCAAAUUCACCUACCGCCAGAAUAGAGGAUAGAUCAAAAGAGGAGGCGGAGGCCGCUGUAUCUAUUGAUGAUGGUAUGCUUGAAAACGAGAAGAGUAGUGAUGAGACAAGAUCAAAUCAUGAAAUAGAGAAGCAAUAAAUUUGUGUAGCUGUCUCUUUAAUGACGACAAAAAAAGUUGUGUUACUCGUCCUCCCUUUACAACCUGUCAUUGCAAAAUGCAAACACAAUUUUCAUCCAUUGGGGCCUUAACGUACUUUUUGCUUUAGAUCGUUGGGACCUUACUAUACCACGACGUAUACUGGCAUAACCCUGCAUUGAGAUUUCUUCACUUUAUAUGUACCGUGCCUCAUUUUUAAGGGUUUGAUUGUAUUAUAGCUAGAGCUUGUCAUGUAAAUUAUAGCCAUAUGUUUCAAAUUUUCAAUUCAUUCAAUAAAUGACUGUUUUGAUCUCCUUGGA